AUGGUAAUUUUGACGGAAUUACUUUCAUUUGUGACGAACGUUUCUGUGAUAAACAGUGUGACGGAAUUAAAAUCUCCGUCACUAAUUAAAUUAGUGACGAGGGUGUUUCUGACAGACAUAUUCCUGAUAACGAAGAGCCUGACGAAGAGCGACGUCAACGGCUCGUCGAGGCUGCUUCUCCCGAGAAAACUCGUACUGGACCAUAUCCUCGUUUAUCUCGAUAAUGUCGAAGUGGCCGCCGUUUACGAAGAAGAAGGACUAGAGGUUACUGUGCUGGAUGUAGAUACAGAUACACACCAUAUCUUAGCUUUUAAGCUGUGGUCAAGUUCUAAAUCUUACGUGCUCGCUAAGAAUUGGAGUUCGGAUUUCGUCCGCAGGAGGGGGCUGUCGGAGAAUCGAGAAAUCGGAAUACGAUGGGAUCGGCGACCGGGGUCUAGAUCACUAGAGUUCACCCUCUUCGACUGA